GAGACGUAUUACUGUGUUGUCGGAAAAAAAACAUCACAUUUUAAUCUCUUUUCUCUCACUUUUUUUUUUUUAGAUUUAUAAAAGUGGACGUGGUGGAAAAUUGGGUGAAAAGGGUCAACGUAUUCUGUUGCAACUAUGGGAUACUGCCGGUCAAGAACGAUUUCGAAGUUUAACAACAGCAUUUUUUCGCGAUGCAAUGGGUUUUAUUCUUCUAUUUGACAUCACCAACGAACAAUCAUUUCUGAAUAUCAGAGAUUGGAUAUCACAACUGAAGGUAUCGACCUCAAUUACUCAGUCACUUCUUUUUUUUUCUUGCUUUCCUCAGUUGCUUGUCAACAGUUAUAAAAUCAUUGCACAGUUAAGAAGUGUUUUAAAAGUUACUAAAUUAGUAGCCUAUUAUUCUCGAACGAUAUAA